AUGAAUGGAUUCAAAGUUACGGGAGACGAGGAGGUGGUGCUCCCAGAGGAUACCGUACUGAUCGCUGGAGCGGGACCGGUAGGAUUAUUGCUUGCAACAGUACUGUCCCACUACGGUGUCAAGUCGGUAUUACUGGAGAGAAACAUGACCACGACAAGGUGGCCAAAGAUGGACCUCACCAACGCGCGCAGCAUGGAGCAGUUUCGGCGAUUAGGCCUCGCAGAUAGUGUUCCCAGUAACAUUGCAGCACCGGUGUUAAUAUCAUCGGGCCUCCACCAGCCGAAAGCCAUCACGGCCUGGAACCACCCGAGCGUCGACGAGUACCGGGAGAAAAUCAAACGCCAUAAUGAUGGAACGAUGCCACUCGAGCCAUGGCAGCGGAUAUCACAGGCCACUUUUGAAGCUUGGAUAAAGGAAAGGUGCGACGCUGACCCUCUGAUCGACCCGUUGUUCGGAUGGAAGGUGGAGUCAAUUGAGGAGACGCAAGAUCGAGUGCGGACGUAUGCAACGGAAGUUGCGACGGGGAGAAAACGAGUCUAUAUCUCAAAAUAUGUUAUUGGAUGUGACGGGGCGUCGAGUAAGGUCCGGAGAAGCCUGGAGAUCCCAAUAGAAGGUGGGCCUACCCCCGGAUACGUGCUUCUGGUGCACUUCAAAUCCACUGAUCUGGCUCGCUUACACGCGCAAGGCCAGUUCUGGCAUAUCUUCUUCACCGCAGCAGAGAACGGGCUUGGCGGCGCUAUCAUUGCUCAAAACGAAGUAGACACAUGGACAACCCAUCUCGCGAUGCCUCUGGAUGCCGACCACACAACUAUAGACUCUGCCGAAGCAGUCGCCAGGGUUCUCGGGGGGAUGGGCAGCCCAUACCCAGUCCACAUAGACGAGAUUCUCGUCCGGUCUACCUUCCGCCCCUACCUCGCCAUAGCGCGUAAAUACGGCAGUGCUUCUGGCCGCAUCUUCCUUGCCGGCGAUGCCUGCCACCAGAACAUCCCCACUGGUGGAUAUGGAAUGAACAUGGGUCUCGGCGACGCGUUCGACUUAGGCUGGAAGCUCGCCGCCACGAUCAACGGCUUUGGGGGGCCUGGACUGCUCGACUCCUACGAGCAAGAGCGCCGUCCUGUGGCGGUCAAGCUCGUCGAGCGAUCCGGUGUCCAUAUGAAGGUGCACACGGCCAAUGCGGAACUUCUGCAGCCAAAUCCGGCCGCGGUGGAUCAUGACACAGAGGAGGGCCGGGCUCUCCGCCAGCGCAUUCAUGACCACUACCAGGCGAACGAUGGCGAGAAUAGAGACAUCGGCGCCGAGAUGGGCUAUCGCUAUGAGUCUGUCAUCAUAAAUCCCGAGCAGCAGGGCAAAGAGCCCGAGUGGACGCCCUCGCGGUACAUACCAACCACCUGGCCUGGCGGGCGCGCCCCGCAUGUUUUCCUCAAUGAUGGCUCGGCCAUCUUCGAUCACUACGGCAGUGGAUACACACUCGUGGAAUUCUCAGAUGGCCGUGCAGAUCUCGGUGCGAGCUUUAUCGUCACGGAGGCUCAGGCGCUCAAAGUCCCGCUGAAGCAUCUGAAGCUCGUGAAUGAGGAUCAUGCGCGGAAGAUCUGGGAGAGACCGCUGGUCCUGGUGCGGCCAGAUGGCCAUGUAUCGUGGAGAGGUGAGAAUAUAGACCAGGCGACGGCGAGAAGGGUAGUUGAGGUUGCGACAGGGCAUCGCAAGGCUGGCGGGGAUGUCGUCCAAGGGAGCGGCGGCCUUCCAAAUGGUGGAUUCUCGGCGACGAUUGGCACUACGGUGCAGGAGAAAGAGUUUGAGCUUGCCCGGAUGGGAGACUUUCAGAGAUAG